GGGCGGGGGGAGGGGCGUCCCUUCCGGCUCCCAGGGAGCGCGCGCUCGGGCGGCAGCAGAUUUGCUGUUGAAAUUUACAUUAGCAAAAUGAACAAAGAUGCACAGAUGAGAGCUACAAUCAACCAGAAACUGAUAGAAACUGGAGAACGGGAACGCCUUAAGGAGCUGCUGAGAGCAAAAUUAAUUGAAUGUGGCUGGAAGGAUCAGUUGAAGGCCCACUGUAAAGAUGUGAUCAAAGAAAAAGGACUGGAGCAUGUUACUGUCGAUGACUUGGUGACAGAAAUCACACCAAAAGGCAGAGCCCUGGUACCAGACAGUGUGAAGAAGGAGCUGUUACAGAGAAUAAGAACCUUCCUGGCACAGCAUGCCAGCCUCUAAGGUUGAAUUGAAUCUUGUAUAUAUGUGUCUGUACGUUAGAAUUAUUGAGACAUGCCACUAAAUAGGAAUUCCAGAAUAUAAAUUCAUUUUUGGUAUGUGAACUUUCUUAAACUUAUGUUAAGAAAAAACUUUUUGUGAAUGAGUCUGUUAAAAACUUUUAUUCUUUUUUCUUUUUCCAUUUUCUUCCAAAACAGGAAUAGUGAGUGAAACAUGAUUCAACUCCUCCUCAUUUUCCAGUUUUAACAUAUUGAUCAAAAGUGUGUCGGUGAAAAUUACCUCAGGUUUUUUUUGCUCUAAAUAUGAUCCCACUGCAAAUUGUACUCUGAAGGAUUUAGUAUGUAAUCUGCUAUUUUAAGGUAACUGUAAGGUAACUCUACUUUCCACUAAAUAAAGAGGGAAAAUGACCAAAGUUAUGGAUAGUGCAUUAUUAUCUAAAGUCAUCCUUUUAAGGAAAGGUGUGGAAGCAUAAAUUAAAAAUAAACUUUUGUUCUCUUGA